UAUGACGACGGGUCCAUUAAACCUUUUAGGGCUGCAGAGGGAGUAGAAGCAGAUUAUGUGCUCAAGUGUUGUUUCGCAGACUGCCAAGCACUAUGUGGGCCAGUUAGAUGGAGAAAUAGUCACCAUACAACCCGGCUGGAUGUCGUCUUUCGCCGCUUUUAACUUAACAGGAGUACUACGCAGGGAACAGCUGGUGUGGUAGAUUAUGAGUGAGGUGGUUUGCACAAGGUCCCAGGAGGAGUAUGAGGAUGACUUUGAGAAGGAUCUGGACUGGCUGAUCAGUGAGGAAGGCCGGAGUGAGGACCAGGGUCCUGACUACGAUGACAUUGAGGCAGACAUUGACAAAGAACUGGAGGAGGAUGAGAAACAGCAAAGAAUGAAACGAAAGGAGAGAAGCUACAAAGAGGAGAAGAAAGGCAACAAAACAGAGGAGUUAGAGGAAGAUGAAGAGAGGUGGCCUUCACCUAUGGAGCCCUUGGAGUAUGACUCUGACAGAGACAGCCCAAAUAAGUCAUCACCUAUAGUCCCACCUCCUCCAGGGAUGGAUGACCAGACAGAUGAGGAGAAGAAGUACAUUCUGGAUAAGAUCCAGCAGGCAAACCGGGAGCUGCAGGACCAGGAAGCUCCAGAUAUGACGAGGCGCAGGCGCCUGCAUUUUAAAGAGACGCUGGUGGACCUGGUGGUGCCCCCGCUGCAGUUUGGCAAAAGCAGUGAGGUGGAAGGGGGAAACGAGAACAAGGAUAGAGCAAAGGAUACAGAGGUAGAGACUGAAGUGUCAGGGAAGCUCUCUGAGCUAAAGCUUUCCUUGCGGGAGGAAAGAGUAGGAUCUGGAGGAUCUGGCAGGGCUGGGGAGAGCAGUUAUGGAGGGCAGGAGGUAAAGGAGGGCAGAGUCCUUGUAGAAAAAGAUGGAAAGUUUGACCUGGUCAGCUUGAAAGAGGUGGAGAGUCAAGGACUUCUCCCUCCUAUCACAAACAACUACAACGACUACUCCCGCUCGUCCCCACAGACUGUGAGCUCCAGUAAGAUCCACAGUUCUUCCUCUUCCUCCUCUCCUCGUUCUCGUGCCGGCUCUUCCCCCUUCCAGCAGGACUUUGAUCACCUCCGGGCCCCCAGACCUCCAUUGCAGCCCAAGAGCAGGCCCAGCUCAGCCAGCCACAGCCAGAGAGGGAGCCAAAUGAGAGGCAGCAAGCGGCGGGUGCAGUCAGCUACUGGGACGCCCUUCCAGACCACCUACACCCUCUCCUCCCAACAGAAAGAGCUGCUGAACAGGAUUCAGGAAAGGAAGGAAAAGCUGGCUAGAGAGGCAGAGCAGAUGAAACGUGAGGAGGAGGAGCAGAAGAGGCAGGAGAACGAGCUGGCGUUCAAGGCCUGGCUGAUGAGGAAGAGAGACCAGCUUCAGCAGGAGAGAAGGAUCCAACGAGCUCAGGAGAUGGAAAAGAUGAAUUCUAAGAGAGACUCUUCACAGAGUGACUCGGAGGAGGCCUUCAGGUUGUGGCUUCAGAGGAAGCAGGACCAGCAGCAGAAAGAGAGACAGCUGGUGGAGCUGAAGAAGCUCGAGGAGGACAGUGGUUAUUUCUUACGCAGCCGCGAGGAGUGUGAACGUGCCUUCAAACUGUGGGUGAGGCGAAAGCGGGCGGAGAAGCGAGCAGAGCAGCAGGCGGCUCGAGAACGCUCCCGCAGGUUAGUGCUGGAGGAGCGGCGAGCGAGACGCAUGCGGGACCUACUGUGUACUGUCAAUGAAACCAAGCCAUUCAGAUUCACAGAGCAGCUGGCCUACCGCUUCUGAACCGCACACACCCACCAUGACCGCUGAGUUCACACAGCAUCACCUGAAACUGGAUUAGAUUCCAUUCAGAUGCUACAGAUCUGUUCAUUUAAUUACAGUCUGGACAACACAAGAAUUGGUGUGAAACAUAAUACAUACAUUAUUCUGUCUGUAGUUGUUGCUAGGGUUUUGUUUUAACCUUUCUAUUUAUUUGCUGUUAAAGCACAUUUCUUAAAAACAGCUUACCGCAGUGACCUCUACUCAGUGUGAAAAAUAUGUGUGAUAGGUGAAUGAUUUUUUUUUUGCUGUAUUUACAGGCAGGUGCACUUUAAUUUAAAUGGAGCUCUUAACAAACUGCAGUGAUGUGCAGCUUAAAUACAAGGGCAGAACCAUUUCUAACUGUAUGCCUUUGAUCAGAGAGUAUUUGGUUACAUAUAUAUAUAUAUAAUACAAGGAUACUUUACUUUGUAAGAGGUUACAUGAACUGAUGUAACUGUAAAGGAAUUAAAUAUAUAUCUUUAAGAAGAAACUACUGUUAUGAAUAAUAUGAAUAAAAUCAUUUUUCAGUUUUAGUUGAAUGAAUGAAGUUAAAUGUUAUGCUGAACAGUAAAACAUGAAAAAAUAAAACAAAAACACACAACUGAAUAUAGAUUUAGAAUAUUUUUAAUUUAUAGGCAUGUACACAUACAUUUUUGUUUGCUACAGCAUUUCAAAAUAAAACAUCAGUGAAACAAAAGUGGCCAACCUCAUAAAACGACAGGAUUAAGUUUCUGGUUAGCAUUUUAAAUGUAUGCAGAAAAACAAAGCUACUCUUUGUUUGUCUCUUUCCGUUGGAUUUACAGUGCACGACUCGGCCUAUCAUCUGUAUCAUCAACACAAAUAUCAAGAAAUAAAAGACCUUAACAAA